AUGAGGUGCUUGCUGUCGUUUCUACUUGCUGUUUGCUUUCUAAGCGCUUUGGUGCAGUCUCUUCACUGCCCAGAAAAGAGUGAAAUCAACGUUACCUGCGAUAAAGCUGGCACGCAGAAGUACACGCUGAUUGGCAGCAAAUAUUACUUUGUUGGUGAAUCCAAAGUGAAUUGGUUCAAUGCAGUGCACAUCUGUCGUCGUUAUGGCGGCGAUUUGGCCACAAUUCAAAAUGCAACUGAAAUGCACGCUAUAUCAACUUAUCUAAUUAGCCUGCAUUAUGAUGCUAAUCGUUGGCUUUGGAUAUCUGGCAAUGAUCUUGUUACAGUUCGCAAUUUCCAUUCCAUAGCCACUGGUAUGCCAUUGACCUAUUUUAAUUGGUCAGCCGGUCAGCCAGACUAUCCGAACUUGGAGCAUUGCAUGCACUUGUGGCUCAAAGGAGCUGAGUUCAAAAUGAAUAACUGGCAGUGCAACGAAAAGGCUUUUUACCUAUGUGAGCGUCAAAAUGAUGCGCGUUGCUGGGAUGGUUUUUAAACUGAAUACAGCUCAUUUGCUUUUAUGAACAAAUCAAUAUAGCUACAAGCCAUUAAUGUUCCAUUACUGACAAACAACACACUUUAGCUCAAUCAAGCAAAUAAUUCAGCAGCGCAAUCUUAUAAUUAAUAAACAGUGUCAUACUCUUUUAAACCAA